UUCUGAUGCCAUUCAUUAUCUCUCUUUCCUGUCUUCUUCCACCCACCUUGCCUCUCCCCUUCCAAUACCCCUCUCCCCUAUCCCUUGUCAACCAGGAGUGAAGUAACCAUGGACACAGGGAGCAACGUACUGUAUGUGGACUUUCCCAACUUCAGCAGCCGCCUCCUGGAGAACCUGAACCAGCAGCGGAUGGAAGGCAAGUUCUGCGACAUCUCCAUCCAUGUGCAGGGCAAAGUGUUCAAGGCCCACCGGGCAGUGCUGGCAGCCUCUUCGCCCUACUUCCACGACCAGGUGCUCUUCCGCAACACCAGCCGCCUGGUGUUGCCCGGCGUGAUGGACUCUCGGGCCUUCGAGAGUAUCCUGGCCUCCUGCUAUGCCGGCCGGCUGGCUGUGUUGCCGGCGGACAUUGUCAGCUACCUGACGGUGGGCAGCUUCCUCCAGAUGUGGCAUGUCGUGGACAAGUGCACUGAGCUGCUGAGGGAAAACCAGCCGCUCCCCACCCCGGCACCCAGCGGCCAGAGGGCCUGCCGCACCACCGACAACCAGUCGCCCAGCAGCAGCAACUACUUUAGCCCCCGGGAGGUGGGCGAGGCCAGGCCGGAGAGCGAGGAGGCGAUGCCGGUGAAGACGGAUGCCCACGAAGAGGAGGAGGAGGAGGAGGCGGAGGAGGAAGAGGAGGAGGAGGAAGCAGCGGGCAAAGGCAAGGAAGUGGAGCACAAGGUCACCAGCAACCAGGGGGAGCUGGCCGGCGGGGAGGUGGCUGAAGGGGGCCUCCCGGACAGCCUGUACCACCGGCCGGCCUAUGUCCAGCCCAGCAUCGUGCCCCACAAACGCUGGGUGUACGUCAAGAAGGAGAAGCCAGAGGAGGACCUGGUGCUGACGUGCGAGGAGGACGAGCAGCACUUUGUGAAGACGGUGGACUGCCGACGCGGUGAGCCGCAGACGCUCAGCAUCAGCGACGUGUGCACCCUCGCUGGGCCGGAGCUGCUGGGCCCUGAGGAGCAGGCCUUCGAAGACCAGAUUGACUACUGCGGCUCCUCCGAGGACUUUACCUAUGAGCCCCUGGACGAGAGCCUGCGAGGCUACCCCUGCCAGACCCCAGGCAGCCAGUUGGCAGUCUACCGGCCCCAGGGCGAUACGCACCACGGGGCGGUGCAGGCCACAGCGGGCAGCCCCGGCGCCGGCACCAAGAUGUUCGCUUGCCACUGCGGGAAGAGCUUCACCCACAAGAGCCAGCGGGACAGGCACAUCAACAUGCACCUCAACUUGCGGCCCUUUGGCUGCACCAUCUGCAACAAGAAGUUCAAGAUGAAGCACCACCUGGUGGAACACAUGAAGAUUCACACUGGCCUUAAACCCUUCGAGUGCCACGUCUGCAGCAAGAAGUUCAUGUGGCGCGACAGCUUCCUGCGGCACAAGACGGCCUGUGAAAAAUUGCAGCGGGCAACCACUGCCAAUCCUGGCAUCAACUGAGGAGAGGAGAGAGAGAAGAGAGAGAGAGGGAGGUAGGUUUCACCCCGGGGUUGGAAGGACAGCAAUGACUGCAGGUAAAUGCGAGGUGAGAGUGACUGCCCUUGAUAUCAAGGCCACCUGUGAUGAAAACAUUAAAGCAAUUGUUCUGAGCAGAA